CCUGGCAUUUCAGUUGUGCUCCUGAUGGCCUCCCUCUCUCCAGUCACACAGAGCUUGAUACCUCGCCUCUUGGAGGAGAUUUCUUCUUCUUGGAGGACUGUCUCCCUUCUGCACAAGGCGGAGGAGAAUUAGCCUUGGGAGAGCAGCCUCCUGCACAGCAUUGGGUGAGCGCUGGCUACCUCACAAAGGUCAGACAGCCACACAAUGAUAGCCAGGCAACUCUGGCAACUUCAAGGUAAUUCGGCAACCUCAGCUUUCAGUUUAUCUCAUGCAUUACAGCUCAUGAUGAAAGUCGUGCUUAGGAGACAAACAAACAAUGAGUCUCAUAGACAUAACCAAAAUUUUCUCCAUGCUCCAGCCCUGCGAAGAUGAAGAUGAUGAUGGAGAGAGGCAAGAGUUGAACAAAGCGGUGUCCCAAGAUGAUUACCAAACUGUAGAUAAACUCUUGUGCCAAGACAGAUACAAAAGAUUUAUCAACAGCAGAAGUGGCUGGGGUGUUCCUGGGACUCUGCUUCGCCUAGCAGCAUCUAAGGGCCACCUAAGAAGUUUAGGAGUUCUCCUGGCUCACGGAGCAGAGGUGGACAGCCUGGAUGUUAAGGCACAGACUCCGCUGUUCACUGCUGUUAGUAAUGGCCACCUCGACUGUGUGAAAGCCCUGCUGGAGGCAGGGGCCUGUCCUUCUGGCAGCAUCUACAAUAACUGUUCUCCCCUGCUCACAGCUGCUCGGGAUGGAGACCUCAGUAUUCUCCAGGAACUCUUAGACCAUGGGGCAGAAGCUAAUGUUAAAUCAAGGGUCCCAGAUUGGGCUGCCAAUACUGCCGCUUGUUCUGGCCCUUUGUACCUCUCUGCCGUCUAUGGACACCUGGAAUGUUUUAAGAUGCUGUUACUUUAUGGAGCUGACCCCGAUUACAACUGCACUGAUGAGAAAAUGAUUGCACGCAUCAAGCGGCCCAAGACACUGCUUGAAAUCUGCCUGAGACAUAGCUGUGGGAGUGAGUUCAUAAGAUUGCUCAUUGAUUUUGGAGCCAAUGUGUACUUACCUAACAUUGCAGUAGAUAAGAUCUCACCGAAGACUGAGGGUCUGGAACUGCUGGUCGGGGAAAGAGCUCAUCCCAAAUCCCUGAUGUCUCAGUCUAGGUUGGCUGUCAGGAAGCUUCUGAAACGUGCCAGGAGAGCCCGAGCCAUAGAUCAGCUGGAGAUUCCACCUGUGCUAGUGAACUACCUCAAGCACCGAUAGUAAGGGGGGAUCAGAGUAAUACCCUGGAAGAGUUACAAAGCUCAAGACAUAAUGUGUUGACCACCUGGCUAAGAAGAUGUUACAGAAUAGCAAUUAUAUGUGUAUUGCUGCCAUCUAUUGCUCAUCUGUGCUGUUUGCAUUUGCUUGCGUUAGACCUCUGAAAGGCAUGUUCGCCAUUUUGAAAACAAACCACAUAAAAGGUAUUGAGGACAGAAGCUGAAGGAAAAAGAACGAGCUCCCUCAGUGUGCUGAAAGGCCCAGAGUGUGGUGUUAGAAAAGAAUCAGGUUUAAUUGCUUUAGAUCAUCUUGGUUUUCUACCCUCAUAUUUUAGUACUUUGACCUCUUCCUAUUAGUGACUGUUAAGUGGAGACAGAGUCCAUAGGGCUGUGGCAGAACAAAGCAAAAUCUGAAGGAGAAAAACAAAGAAAAGAAAAGGGCUGGUUUUCCCUCCUGCCUUUAACCAGGAAAGGAAAGAUGGUACAAUAGGGUAAAGAGUACAGUAGUUGAUCUUUCCUCUGGAGUGUGACCUUAGAUGAAUGUAAUUAUUUAAUGGUCUUAUUUUACUUUUAAAAAUCAGUUUCCUGGGAAGUUGUACUGUUGCUUAUCAUGCUCUCUCAGCUGGAAUUAGAAGCUGCAAUCAGACUUGUGAUUUACAUGAGGCGUGUGAAUUUUGGAACUGAUAGAAGUUGUCAGACUGGAGCCCUCCAUGUUAGCUACAAACAGUAAAUGGGUAAGGUGGUUGGAGAAGAGCAGUACUCACCUCUUGCCCUUCUUCACAAGCAUAACUUAUUUCUUAGCAAGUCCCAGGAGAAGAAGGCAUAUCACUCUUCACAGCCUAUUCUCUGUGGCCCCUGCUAGGACUGAGAGGGAGAAAAACAACAGUACCUGAUGCUACCCAUUAGUAGCUGGCCUGAGACCAUCUGCUCAUUUGUUGGAAGAUCCUUCAGGCAAUGACCAUAUUGUCUCCACUAUUUUGUAUAGCACCAAGGGAGUGAUGGAUACAGGAAUACCCAUCUAUUUAGCAGCCAUUCAAUGAUAACAGCUUCCAGUCAAGGGCUGGAUCUGAAAUGGUGACUCGAACAAAAAUCUGCAUAUUCUAUAAUGGAUCUCUUGAGCCUUUCUGUCCCUAUAUGUUUAAAAGUUAAAACACACUGGCAGAAGUAUAAACAAAUGGGUUCAGGUGGGAUGAAGGGGACAGGAGCUUCUCCUAAUCUGUUGCAUGCUUCUGAUUUUACAGUUUAAAAAAAGGCAUGUCCUAGUCCUAAUUAAUCAGUUCUGGCUUGUUUGAUAACUACUGUUUAAUUGUUAACUGGAGAGACUUGCUGCCUUCUGGUGUCAUAUGAAAGUAUGAAUUUGGUACAAUAUCAAUGGAAACUUGACUCUGUCUGUUAGCUGUUUCUUAACUGUUAAUAUCUUGGUUCAUAAAUAUGUAAAAAAGCAUGAUGUGCUUUAUUCUAUAGAACAGGACUGACAACAGUCCAUCUGAUGGUAAGCAAAAAACAUCUGAGCCUGGGAUUCCUUCUACCCCAUUUCUAAUUGACUUUGGUUAAGUACAAUAUUUGACUUGGAUCCUUAAACUGAGUUAGUUAAAACUUUGACAAGGCCUUAGAUGCAGUUUGUUCCCUGAUCAAACUUCUCUGCAAGCUGUAUCAGUUCUAAUCUAAUUUUAAUGGCUGAGUAAUAAGCUGCUGGAAAAGAGAUUUAUGAAUAACAUCCCUGAUCCAUCCUCCUCAGAGGUGCCAGCAGACCUAGUGCACCACCCUAGUGCACCAUGACUCAGAGGAACAUUUAGAGUAUGUGGGGCUGGAAAAGCAUGCAGAGGAUAUGUUGCCUCCAUACCACACCAGGACCCCAAAUGAGCCUUUUCUGAGGUUAGAAGCAAUUCUGUUAGCUUCUGCUGCUUCUGGACUUCCAGGUUCUAGUGAAGGUGCUGGAUUACUGGUGGGGCCAGUUCCAUGGCAUUUCUGGCUUGAAUGGAAGCACAGCACUGAAAAUCUCUCGAGGAGUCGUUUAAUAAGACAAAACUUGCUACAAAUUCCAGUGGCUUAAGUGGUAUCUGAUACUAGCCCUAGAUCCUUGGCUACCCAGACCUUCAGAGAGAUAUAUCAAAUCUUAAAAAUGGAGUUAGCCCCAAAACAUCACCAUAGAUGGAAACAUCCCUGUUUGGGGCCAAGGUUGGAUCUCCAUCUAAGUUUGAGUCUCAGGCCCAACUCAGCAGAACAGUGCAGGCAAAGCCCUUGGGUCAUAAAACCUAUAAACUGCUUGUUCACAAACAGGUUCUGUGUGAUGUGUGUAAAUUGUAUCUGUCUCUUUUAGGUAACAGACAUUUAUCGCCCUACUAGACAAAGUCUUGGCUGGCAUGAUAUAGUUGGGGUUGGUCCUACUUUGAGAAGAGGGUUGGACUAGAUGACCUCCUGACAGCCUUUCCAACCCUAAUUUUCUGUGAUUCUAUGAUUCAGGCCAAGAGCCAAAUGAAACAGGGACCAAAAGCUACUGCUGACUCCUGCCACAGAUGAUCAGCUGUGUUGUUAUCAGGAGUCAUCCCAGGCCAGAUACUAUUACAAGUUCUGUUCAUCUGAACAUAUAUGGCCUUUAAAUCAUGAGUGGGAAUGCUUACAGUCACUGGUGAUAUAACUUCUAUGAUAACUAUCAUAACUAUGAUAUUCUUAAAUGCUGAUCAUCAUUAGUAAACCUUUAAUGUUG